AUGACGACCACAAUCCAGAUUCCGUCCGGGCCCCAUACCUCGAGUUCCCCCCGCAGCUUCUUCGACUGGCAUGAAAGCCCCAGCGACCGGCCGUACCCGAGCACGCUGCCCGCACUAUCUCCGAGUUCCCGUUCGUCCUCGCUAGAAUCCGACUCCGACUCGCCGCGGUCCCCAGUAUCGCCCACCUCGCCCUGGGUGAUCGCUGCUGCGGAAGCGCAGGUGGGCGUGCACUAUGUGCGUGAGCGCUUCCCUGCGUCGGGGACCGUGUGCGGCGCGCCGCCGUUCGUGCACGAGCCGCUCUUGGUCCGCGCGGACGACCGCGUCGCGCUGCUCGAGGAGGAGGGCGAUCAUGCGCUGCGCGUGCGGGUGAUCGCGACGGGCGAGGUCGGGCUCAUACCGAUAUGGAACGUCGAGGGGGCGCUGGAGCGCCUCGCGCGGCUGAACAUGGAGUUCAACGAGGCGGCGACGUGUCCUGUCGAGAGCCGAUACCUGAGAGGAAAGCGGGGCGCAGAGGCGUCGAUUGCGCACAUGCACUCGCGGUGCAUACCCUUCGCGAUGCGCUACCCGCUUUCGCUGCAUACCCACGAGUAUGAGGUCGAUGAGAGCUUCGACGAGUUCGAUGCGGAUGAUGAGGACGUACCGGUGUCAGCGCGCCGGCAGAAGUCGGUCGAGUUCGCCAAGUGUGAGCACCCGGUGGUGUUCCGAUACCCAUCAGAGUCGCUUGUGUUUGGGGAGGACGAGGGCACGGACAUCGAGGACGAGUGUGAGCAUGAGUGGUGGUCGGGAUGGGAGGAGGAUAAGGAGAAGUUUGAAGUACGGGUCGAGGUGCAGGAGUACUCCAGCGAGAAGAGUGCGCCGUUUCAGGUGCCGCAGUUCACGGCCAAGGACUAUUCCUCGUUCUUCCUCGCAGGCGCACUAUGCUGCACCAUCACGCAUGGAGGAAUGACGCCGAUUGACGUCAUCAAGACACGCAUACAAAUCGACCCCGACCUCGCACACCAAUCCCUUCUCUCCGGAGGACGCAGAAUCGUCGCCAAAGAGGGCCCGUCUGCUCUCCUUACAGGCUUCGGUCCCACCGCCGUCGGCUACCUCGUCCAGGGCGGCGCGAAAUUUGCGGGUUACGAAUACUGGAAGAAACAGUUCGUGCAGAUCGCCGGGAGCCAGGAUGCCGCCGUGCGCAACCGCACCGCGAUCUACCUCGGCGCGUCCAGCGUGGCAGAGUUCUUCGCGGACAUCCUCUUAACCCCUCUAGAAGCCACCCGCAUCCGCCUGGUCUCGGAGAGGCACUACGCGACGGGGCUCACGACCGGCUUCAUGCGCCUCACGCGCGAGGAGGGCCUGCGCGGGCUGUAUGCUGGCUUCCUGCCCAUCCUCUGCAAACAAAUCCCCUAUGCAAUCGGACAGUUCACGGUGAACGAGUUCUGUCACGAGCUCGUAUUCCGCAACAUAUCUGAGCAGACGCGCGCCAACCUCAGCAGCAGCGCCAAGUUCACCAUUGCUCUCGGGAGCGGGGUCGUCGCCGGAUUCGCCGCGGCGAUUCUCAGCCAGCCUGCAGACACGCUGCUCUCGCAGAUAAAUAAAGGUCACGGGCCCUCGGGCUCGAUGGUCUAUCGCCUGCGCACGCUCGCCGUGCAGGCGGGCUUCCGCGGGCUCUUUGCGGGGCUCGGCCCGCGCAUGGUCAUGACCGCGGGGCUCGUGUCCGGCCAAUUCUUGCUGUAUGGCGCCAUAAAGGACAUGCUCGGCGCGCCACCGGGGCUGGAGAUACACAAGGAGUGA